CUUGAGCAAAGAUGCACCGUCGGCAGGAUUUAGGUUCAAGGUGCCAGGACCAUCAUGAGUACCUCUCAAACAAGCAUAGAGGAGCUGUCGGAUGCCAUCUUGAGGCGCGCAGAUGAGAGGUUAGGAGAUCUGUGUCGGAACAUUUGCCGCCAAGUGACCGUUGAGUUGGAGAUCGCUGCGGCUUCCCUGGUGCGGAAGGUGCAGGAGAACGAACCCAUCCACGACUCGGCAGUGACGUGGCCCACGUGGCCGAACGCGGCCUCUCGCCGAGCUCCUACCAUGGCUUGGGCAGAGCCGGUGCAGAAGACGACGUCAGAGUAUGAGCCGCGCUUGGUGGACUAUCCAUUGCCGCUGUCCACCAGCCGCGCUUUGCUGGAAUUGCAAGAUGAAGGCGCAGAAUUGCCCACGAUAGCAAGCCCUGGCAGUCAUGCGCCAACCAAAUGCCAAGUUGCCCCAAGCUCUGAAGGAGCUCAGGAAGACAAAGAUGGUGAAGGUUUCAAGCACUUGCAGCGUUCAAUGACCAAGGGCUCCAAGAAAGCAGGAACCUCCGGGGCCGCAGAACGAAUCUUCGGCUUGGUGCCACAAACCAGCAUGGAUGAACAGUCAACUACUGCUAUGUCUGGUUGGCGGCUGCGGAUGCGAAAGGUCAUCCGCAAUUCUUGGUUUGAUUGUUUUGUGAUGAGCAUGGUCCUGCUACAUUCCCUUCUCACGGGUAUAGAAACCCACGUGAUGUCAACAAGCGACAGCUUGAAUCCGGGUCCUGUCUACACCGUGCUGAACUUGCUCUUUUGCAUCCUUUUCGCCGUGGAGGUCUCCUUGCGGCUCUAUGUCUAUCGUCUUCGAUUCUUCACCAUGUAUGGGUGUGCUUGGAACAUUCUGGAUUUGAUCGUCACGCUCUUUCACUGCUUCGAGGAGUUUGGCUCGCUGGUGGCCACGGCAACGGCCACGACAGAGAUCGAAUUGACCAACAGCAGCAUCCUCAGGACGAUCCGGAUCCUGCGAGGCAUCAAGGUGAUGCGGCUGGUGCGCUUCAUCCGCUAUGCUGAGGAGUUGCAGCUCAUAGUGAGUUGUUUGAUCCUUUCUUUCCGAACGUUCUUAUGGAGUAUUGGCUUGUUGCUGAUGACCUUCUAUGUCAUGGCCAUCUACACCACGCAAGCAGCCAAGCUGCAUCGCUUGGAGUUCCCCGAGAGCUUGGCGAACACGGCGCUCGAGAGGUGGUGGGGUGGCAUCUUCACCAGUAUGCUGUCGGUGCUGCAAGCAUUGAGUGGAGGAGUGGACUGGAAUGACAUCGUGCAGCCGCUGAUCACCAUUUCACCCGCCUUCGCGGUUCUAUUUAUUGUCUACCUGGGCUUUUGCUUCUUCGCGCUGAUGAACGUGAUCACAGGAACAUACGUCGAGACCGUGUCCCGGCAAGCGUCGGAUCUGAAGACCCGCUCUCAGAUUCUACAAGCUCGACGAGUCUUCCAAGCAAUCGACCAAGACCAUUCUGGUUUCAUAUCGCUCGAGGAGAUCCGCAGCCAGACGGCCACCGCGGUGGUCUUGGACUUCUUCGAGUCCGUGGACGUGGACCCCUCCGAGGCCCAGUACCUCCUGGAGGUGCUUGACAUGGAUGGGAGUGGGACCAUCAAUUUCGAGGAGUUUUUGCACGGCACCUUGAGAUUGAACAGCUCUGCGCGGGCUGCCGACUUGCUCCUGGUGGCUCGAGAGAUGAAGAGGUUCUUCAAACACUCGAAUCUCGAGCUCCAGCUCAUCAAGAAACAUUUGGGCAUCCGGUGAGAGGCGGAAAACGCACAGGGUGCCCACAUGCCGCAACUUGACCCGCAAACGCGGACUCAAGGCUGCCGAGUUCGCUCGAGUUGGGCCCUCCAUUGGCUCCAACCUAAUAGCGAGUUUCCACACGUGUUCUGGGGACUCCGAAAACGGAGUAAACCAGAGACACACCAUGGUGCCUCAUGGUGGCAGUUUUUGUGGACAACUUCUCGUGCCUCAUAGCUCGAACCACCGAGAUGCACCGAGAUGCACGCGUGUUUUUUUUCUCAGCUGUUGG